AUGGCUCCGCCUAUGUUUAUUGAUUGUACUGAGGCUGAUCAGGUUGAGGAGCUCAGAAAUUAUUUGAGAAAAUUUGGUGCCGAUAUUGUUGAUAAAUGUGAAGUCGAUGACAACAAUUGGCCCGAAGCAUUUGUCCAUUGCAUUCCACAACUAAAAUUUGUCUUCAGGAAUGACAAAGUUUCUGAAACUGGUAGACUCUGUUUUUUUGUCAUAAUUACAAAUUUCUCAGAGGAAAGCUCAUUUUUAGUAACGGUUUCAUCUCUUAUCAUGCGUUUGCCGUCAGAAUUUGUUGAUGAUGCCAUAACUAAGUUGUGUGAGCUAUAUGAGGAUUUUGCUGAUGAAAAGAACCGAAAGCACUUCGGGAAACUUUAUUCUUUGGAUGUUUUGUUCAAUGGAUUGCCCGAAGAUCAUCAUUCCCGUUAUCGUAUAUACCGAGCUCUCGUUACUUGCGCAUCUGACCUUGGCAAACUCGCUCAUAUUCACACGGAAACUGAAAUGGUUGAAAGAUUGCUGAAGCAGUGCAAUUGUACUCCUAUUGAGUGCCAGACUUUGUGGAGACAGAUGUCUGCUAUUCAUCAAGCUAAUAAUAACACUAAGCUCGCUACCCAGGCUUUGAUUCACCUUCUUUCAACUUAUACCGAUGGGAAGGCAGCUGGCGCUCGGGAUGAUGCUUGUAGGUGUAUCGUGGCUGUUAUCAAGGACCCGAGCAUUUUGGACCAUGGUCGGCUUAUGUCUUUAAAACCGGUUCAAUUUCUCGAAGGAGAACCAAUUCACAAGCUCUUAGAAGUAUAUGUUUCCGGUGGUUUGGCCGAUUUCAUUUCUUUCAACAAAAAGCACCCUUCCUUUUUGGCUGACAACGGGCUCGAUGAGAAGAUUUGCCUUGAUAAGUUGAGAACUCUCACCUUGAUGGAAAUUGCCGAGAAUGCUGGAGAACUGGACUAUUCUACAGCUUGCAAGAGGCUUGGCGUUCCUAAAGAUCAGUUGGAGUCUUUCAUAAUUGAAGCUGUUCAACAGAAAGUAAUAACUUGCAAGUUGGAUCAGAUCAAUCAACGUAUCCUCAUCACUGGCGCUCUGCCUCGCACUUUUGGCCGUUCUCAGUGGCAGAGCCUCUACCUCACACUGAAGGAAUGGGAAUCUGGCCUACGGGUCGUUCAGAAUAGUCUUGGUGCAAUGAUUGGACCCACUUCACAAUAA